AUGAUUGAUGAAAUUCGCUCAAAAUGUGAACGUAUUUUCGAUUGGUUAUACAAUAAAGAGCUAGUUCAUACUCCUGUUUCUUCUGAAGCAGAUGAUGACGACAACGAUGACAGUUAUGAACAUCACAUUGAUGAUCAAUCCUAUGCUCAAGAGUCACAUGUUUUGAAUAGAAUUAAUCAAUUUCUUGAUGAAAUCGGUUUCAUGCGACGCUGUGAAUUAACAUUAUCAUACGCCUCAUUAAAAGAGAGAAGUAAAUGCAACCUGUGGAAUCAAAUCAAGAGAAUGUUCCUGUAUUUACUCAAAUUUCUACUACCAAAUAACAUUGAGAAAGUCUGGAAUGAUAUCGUAAAAUAUGAGCUCAAAACUUUUACUUGCAAAGAGCAAAUAAUCAACCCAAAGGCUAUGGUGACUAUUAAUACUGCUAUUGAAAAUGCGAAACAUUCUUCGACUAAACGACAGUUAUUAGCUGUUGUUGCGGCUGAUUUUUCACCUUCCAUUCUUCGUGCUCAUUUUCCGACCGUUACUGAUUCACAAACAAAAGCAGCAAGAAAACAUGCCUAUCAUUCUGGCCGCGGUGCUCCUGUAGAUCUGACACGUCCUAAUGUGAAGCGCUGCAGCAAACAACAAGUAUUACAUUCUCUUAAAGUAGCGCUAUCUCCGUCUGUUACUGCUGAUCUACCAUUUGGAAUUCGAUCGAUUAAUAUGGCAAUAAGUGAACCAAUUGAAAUUCCAAACACCUGUAGAAAUAUGAUUCCUACUCGAAUCAUUCGACAGUAUAAAAUUAUUGCCUUGAAACGACAAAUGGAAAGCUUCAGCCAUUGGGUUUCACAUCUCUCAUGGCUACUCUGA